ACCUCCCGUUAAACCUCUCUCCCCCUCCUUUCUCCUCCUCUCUAUCCUCCAUUCCUCUCCCCAAUCCCCAUCCCUUCCUCGUCCUUGGGGCUUUGAGCUCGUCGACCUCCGGCCAAAUCUGGAAGCAGCGACGGCACCCGGCGGCCGUCACAUCCCCGCGCGAAUUGUCCCGACCCCCGACUCUUUCCUCCCCCAUCCCGAUCCGGAAGGGAGCGGUUUCCCCCUGUCCAAAUCGAGCCACCUGCGCCCGUCGGGGGAGAAGCAGGCUGCGCAUCCAGUGCGCUCGAGCUCCUGCAGGCAGCUUCCCCGUCGAGCCUCCGCAAGGAUCCAUUUUGCCUCCCAUCGGCGACGCGGAAGAGAACCGCGGAGGGGAUUGCGAAGCUUAAAACCCACGACACCGGUUGCCGAGCCCCACCGCGCACGCUCCUGCAGGAAGAUAAAGAUGAUGGAUGUGGUGUUUGUAUCUCUUCGCCGUCUGUGAAGACCUGCUGUGUAGGUGACAUCAAGAUAUGGUGAUGCGGAAGAGGUCGGAUUCUGGAUCCCGUGGCCGCCGAACUGCAACCAUGCCACGUGUUCCAAACUCAGCUCGGGGGAAACGCACCACCAGGAAAAAGAAAGAUGAGAUGUGCGCAUUUGAUUUGCUUGCCACCGUUGCAGGAACACUAUUAGCAGAUCAGGACAUUUCCAACAAUGUUCCUAAUACUAGUGGUGCAGCAAAAGCUAAAAACAAGAAAGCAGUUAAAGAAGAACACCGCGAUGAAAUUCUGCCCCUAAAUAACAUGGCUGUGGAGAAAGAUUGCUGCAAUGGAUGUGUAGUGGGUUCUGGUGGUAUCUGUGCCUUUCCUAGGCAAGCUAACAACUGCUCGGCAGAAAACUCGUCGACAAUAAACGAAGCUGGAUCAAUGUUAGAGUCACUAACAGUGAAAUCAAAUAUGUUAGUUAGGGACUCAUUGGUUAGUUGUACAAGACCAUAUGAAACUAGCUGUGGUCUCGGCAUAAUUCCUGAGUUUGGAGCUCGUGGAACACACCAUCCAGGAUCCUCAAGUUCAGCAGAGGCUGAACAAAUGCACCAAGCUGAACCUAAAGUGGUCAGAAGACAAGCAGAUGGGCAUGCUGCGGUUCUUCACAGUUUGUUUGACUCCGUGGAUCUUGAUGUUAGACCUCCUGCUUUGGUUAGUUCUGACAGUAGCUCGUGUGUUCCUCUGUGCAACCAUGACAAGGACCAUCAAACUGCUUCCUUGUGUCGGGAUGAAGUGCAGUAUACUGCAGACAGAGAUGACGAUGAAAAUUCUUCUGGGUGCACGCAUCCAAGCACUGCAGGGGAUAAGGGUAGCAGGCCACAAUAUAUUGGUAGCCACAGGAUAAGGAAAUUGCUUGCCUCGAAGGUAAGGAAGGCAGCACGUAAUAAGAUUUGUGGAGGGAUGCCAUCAAAAAAGGUUUGUGGAGGGAUGUCCAACAAAGGUAGCAAGCUAAAUUUAUGCAGCAAAAAGAUACCUGCCAGACGUCAAAAGGUGCAAAGGACAAUUUUCAAGAAGAAAAAACCAGCGCAUCAUGCAACUUCAUUUGCUAAAGAGAUGCUAACUGGAGCCGCCGGGACAUCAUUCUCUACAGAAGGUCGGAAUAAAUCAUCGGGAUCUGACAAUUACCAUGUUAAGCUAAGAAUAAAGUCAUUCAACAUCCCAGAAGUGUUCAUCAAUGUCCCUGAAAAUGCAACCAUUGGUUCAUUGAAGAAAACCGUUAUGGAUGUCGUCAAUAGUAUAAUGCAAGGUGGUCUACGCGUUGGUGUUCUUCUUCAAGGAAAGGAUAUCCAAGACGACAACAAGACACUUCGUCAAGCUGGGAUAUGCCAUGAUAAAAAACUAAAUAACAUAGACUUUACGCUGGAAUGUGAAGGUGGGCAAGAUUCUCCCUCUGGAGUCGUAAAACCUGAACAGAUGGAUUUGCUCAGUGCAGAUGUUGUGGAGCCAUUAGCUAGGAUGAAGUGUGAAGAGCAUUUUCCUGAAACUGUCGGCGAUGACAACCAGCAGCGCACACCUCCUUAUCGAAGCCGCUCUCUCUCCGAUCUGUAUUCUGUUGUUCAUCCUGUUGAGAUGGCCUCACAAGAUACAUCAACAAGCUCCCAAGCCAUCGUCCCUGUUGCACCUUCAGACGAUGGUGCCCUAGCCAUUGUGCCUCUUUGUAGUGUCAGACGGUCUGAAACUGGGCAAAGGCGCACUAGGAUGCCCUUCACUGUUGAUGAGGUUGCGGCACUGGUGGAAGCAGUCGAACUGAUCGGGACUGGAAGGUGGAGAGCUGUUAAAAUGCAUGCAUUUGAACAUGUGGAGCACAGGACAUAUGUUGACCUUAAGGACAAGUGGAAGACCCUGGUUCACACCGCAAGUAUAUCCCCGCAACAACGAAGAGGCGAGCCAGUUCCACAAGAACUCCUGGACCGUGUGCUCGCAGCACAGGCCUACUGGUCCGAGCACCCAAAGAUCCGUGGCAAGGCUCCUCUUCCUGCGAUAUGCUCUGCCUAGAAAGGAGGGGGGGCGAGCUGGUCCUUGUGUAAAUACUGUGCCUAAUAGAAACGAUGUAGAAGUGGUGUCCAAAGAAAUCAGACUAAUUUGUGUGCCAUUGCAAGCUUACAACAUUGGUUUUGUUUCCAUCCUCCGUUCUUUGGUCGCUGUCGAAGCCAGGGGUUAUGUCUCCUCUAUGGUUAAAUAAGGGAGAGAGAGCCUUGUUUGGCACUUGUAAAUGAUGUCACAAACUGCUGCUAUGUUUCAUAAAGAAAACCGUCGACUUGUCGCUGUUGUUCUUCAC